AUGCACAAGACGAAACAGCAGCCGCCGGUGCCUCGCCAGGAACCACGACAGACCUUGUGUGAGACCAUGCAAACCCCAGAUCUAAAGACUCGUCCUAGCAAGGUCCUAGAGGCGUCUCGUGAGCCGCUCAGCAGAAGCUGCCGAGCUGCGCUUCUGUGGAUAUUGCCAUUGCGGAUACGUGGAUGCGAUAUGUGGCUGCCGCGCUCGAGUUGCAGUCUACAACAGUGGGCGCUCGGCUGCUUGCAGAACAGUACCAACAUGGACUGGGAAUGGAACGUGGUUCAAGUUCCGUUGGAGAAGUCUGUUGAAGGACAAGUGACGGCUUGGCGAUGCUUGUUCUAUGGGCGGCCGACCAGGCCAGAGCACGUGAGCAGCUUUGUCUGGCGAUGCCUGACACAGGGACGACUGCCGACGGCACUGCUCGAAGAGGACACCGCUGCGACGCACAACGCUCAGCUGUGUGGUGCUUCGACCCAAAAGCGACAACACGACGGGAGCCAUGCGAUAGCUGACGCCUGCAACGGGCAGUCCGUGACGGAGCUACUGCGUUUGGUGCUGGUAUUCUGGAACUUGCCGAUGGGAACGCGGCGAGAGGACCUGGAAGAGGCCUGCUCGAGUGCGGGCCCAGUGCGUUGGGCCUUUAUUGAGCACAGCGAUAGCGCAGAGACAAAGUUUAAGACGGAGAACGUCCUCGAGAAAGAGAAGGCGUUUCGCAUACGGCCAAAUAGUGCGGUCGGAGAGCCAGCGGUCGUUCGUGGGUAUGUGUGUUUCGAGAGCCCAGAGGAUGCACAGCGGACUCUGAACUCACCAGACGAGCUUAAGCUAUCCGCUUUAUCGCGCCGGACGAUUCCCAAGCUGAAACAGUUUCUUCCGGUUCAGCUGCGAGGCGCGCUGGAGGUCAAUAGUUUCCCCCACUGGGCCUGGUUGCGAUUCAAACAUGACCACCUUGCGGAUAUCCGCGGCCUCGAGGCAACGUGCGAUCGCAUCAUGGCAGCAUAUGAGCAACAAGUACGUAAGAUACAGCGAGAUCAGGAGCGGAAACGAUGCUUGGUCGACGAGGAUGGCUUUACGCUGGUAGUUCCGCGGACGCACAAACAGCAGCACGUGAACAACGACGACAAGCGCUCUCGUUCUGGUAAUGCGAACCCGCUAUAUGCAGGUGCUCCGCAGAACUCGCGAGGCGAGUCAGUGAUCGAAAAUGUAUCGGAAACGAAAGCUGCCCCGGUCGGGUUUUAUCGAUUCCAACGGGAUGAGCUGAAGAAGCGAGAGCUCGCCGAGUUGCGGGCGCAGUUUGAGCGCGACCGACACCGCUUGCACAGCCUGCGAGCAACCCGACAAACCUUCUUGAGUUGA